AAAAAAUGAAGUGAAAUCUUAUACAGGAGACAAAGUUGAUACCAAUAAACUUAAAAGUGUUUUAGGAAACUUGGGGAUUGAGCUCAUGCCUAAUGAAUGCUUGAACCUGGUGAGACACUGCCAGUUAAUGGUACAUCUUAUGGAUGCCGCUGAUGGAAAAGUGUAUCUGAAAGGUUGAUGAAAGGCUUAAAGUCACUGAAAUCUGAAGAGACAGUCCAGCUAAAUACAUUGAUGAAAGAAUUAGGUGCUGUUUUAGAUAACAGAAGGAUAUACAAAAAUAGAUUGAUGGAUGGAGUGAAGACUUACAGAGGAGGAAAGAUUAAUGUCAACAAAAUAGGUGAUGUUCUUGAAAUCUUGGGAUUCCCACUUAAUGAAGAAGAAAUCGAGGAACUGUGCAAACACCUGCCAGUUAAUGCCGCUGGAAAGUUGUAUAAGCAUAAGUUGCUGGAUGGCAUAAAAUCUCUCAGAGGAGUGAAGCUUAGUGUUAGUAAGCUAGAAUUCUUCAUGGAAACUAUGGGCUUUGAGCUUGAGGAAGAGGAAUAUCAAGAUCUGAUAAACAACCUGCCCAUUGAUGAUGAAGGGAAGGUUGAAGUGGAUGUGGUAAUGAAUGAAGGGAAUCUUUCUACAGGUGAGAAGAUUGAUACUAGCAACCUGAAAAAUUUUCUGGAAAAUAUGGGGAUAAGUCUCACAGAAGAGAAAGGCAUGCAACUACUGAAUCUGCCAAUUGAUGGUGAGCAUUGA